AUGGCGCAAUCGACGAGGCAACCGAAGGUGAUGUCGUCGCGGCUGGCGACUAUGAAAUUCAUGCAGCGCGCAUCGGCUUCGCCAUCAUCUACACCAAGCACCCCGUUAGACCCACCAUCAAAACGCCAAAGACUUUCCAAUGGCUCGUUCAAUAGUACUCCUUCGUCGGCGGCUCAAAGAGAGGCUCGGUUGGUGGAAGAGGCGACCGCAGCAGAAGCGAAGAAGCGAGAGGAUGCACUGGAACGAGAGGCUGCGGAUCGAGGCGAGUCGAAAUGGUAUCUGAGCUAUAAGCAGCCCAACACACCUGUAGCAGAGAGUGCCCUGAAAGUUGUGUCUGCUGGGUAUUUGUCGUUGGAUGCGGCAGGAACGACACGAGAUGGAGACUCAGACGAGGAGGAGGUAGAGCAGGCAAGACCGACAUUGGUUGGGCGAAAGAGCUUUGGCAAGUUCAACAAGACGGUCGAGAAACAACAGAAUCCAGACCUAUCAUCUUCCGACUCUGACGCGGACGACGAUGAGGAUUCUGAGAAUAAUGAAGAUGACGAAGACGAAAGCGACGACCCCACAGGCGCCAAAGCCAUGAUAACUGCUGCUCGUAAAGAAGCAGGCGACAAGGCUCGCGCCGAACGCAAAGCACGAAAACAUGCCGAGAAAGCUGAGGCACUUCGCCUGGCUGACGAUCGGAGAAAGAAACAUGUCAAGCUGAACAAACUUACUGGUAUCUCCAGCGGUGGCGGUAGUGGGGGAGGCGGAGGUGGCUCGUCUAGUGGCAAGAACAUCACGUGCCAUACCUGUGGGCAGAAAGGCCACAUUCAGCGCGAGUGUCUGGAGCAGACACGAGGUGGUGGAAGACGAUGA